AUGGAACAGCUCUUAACGGCUAGGUGGGCUCAACAAUCUAACUCUCCCCUAGAGUCAGCACCAUCAUCACCGUUAAAAACAAGAUUGAGCGUUUCCAAAACAACUCUAUCAACAACAAUUAAAAAUUUUGAUGCUGUCGCUAGGAUUAAUCAAGAAAAAACUAGCAGCCUUAAUGGAUUGAAUUACUUGUAUGAUACCGAUGAUAGUGAAUCUGAUUCGGGAUCUUCAUCAGACUCUGAACAAAGUGAAGCUACAGAAAAACGGUAUCCAUUCACUAAUGCUGUCGAAGAAUACAAAAAGAAAACAAUCCUUUUAGGCUCAUCAAGAAAAAGCAAUAUUUCAUCUCCUCAAAAUCUGCCCUCAUCUCACAGAGUCGCUUCUCCAAGAAAUGAUACUGGCUAUCAAAGUGUAAAAACAACGAAGAAAAUACUUGGAAAAAAUCAUAUCGAUGAGUUAAAAUCUCAAGUAGUUGAUGACACAUGUUUUAUUGCUAAUAUAAUCAAGGGAAGCCCAACAUCAAAGAAGGAAAACUCAUCAAAGACUCCAACGAUUCUAAAAAAGGAGAAUGAAUCAAAAAAUGUUACUCCAAGUGUUAAAGAAGAUGGGCUAAAAUCUAUUUUGGACGAACAUAAAUUAGACAUUGAAGAAUUGGAGUUUUUAGAGGUUACUUCUUCUGAAGAUGAUGAAAUUGAGAUAACAAAAGAAAAAGUUGAAAUAAUUUCAGGAGAAGAUUCUAUCAGAAUUGAAAAAGAAUCUGCUCGUGAAUAUUUUGAACGACUGUUACAGGAUGCCAAAAAGAAAGAGCCAAAGGAAGUUAGAGAUUACGAGAGAAUGGCAGACUAUGCCCUGGAAAAGUCAUUGGAAUCUUUGAAAAAAACUAUUGACGAUGUUGAUAUCACAAAAACUGAGACCUUCCAACAUGUUUCACAGAGAAGAAGAAUGUACGACUCUCUCAAGAGAGGACUAGGUGCUAGAGAUUUCAUGGUGGGAGUAGCAGGAUCAAGCGAAGCAGCUGAUGAGUUGCUCUCUAAAAUUGGGUUAUCACCAAUCGCACCCAAGACACCUUCCUCUCCUCAUCCACCUAAUUCUCCAAGUAGUACUCCUCAAACAUCGUCACCAGUAAAGGAUAAAAAAUCUAAAAGAACUAAGGAAGAGGAAGAUAAAGUUCUUGACAGAUUAUCAAAACCGAGAAGCCAUCAUUUGUACAGAAAAAAUGAUGAAAAUAAUAAGAGUAUUACUCAUUCAGUGGCCACAUUAAGCGAAAAGUUUUUGGAUAGGAUGAAAAAUUAUGAAGAAAUGAAGAAAUUGAAACUUGAAGAGUUACGAUCUCAAAUGAAUCAAAAAAGAAAUCAAGAUAUUAGCUUUUCUCCUAGGAUUAACAAUAAUUCGAAAUCAAUACAUAGAAAUAUUAACUCUCUUCUCUCAUGGCACAAAGAAAAGAGCAUGAAACAUGAAAAGUUGCUCUUGAAGAAACAAGAAACCGAUUCAAUAAUUGAUUGUACUUUUUCUCCUGAAAUUAGUGAGCGAUCUCAACGAUUGGCAAAAAGAAAACCAAACAUUCCUUUAUCAUUGCGCGAUUAA